AUGUCAGAAGAGUCACCAGCUCAACGAUCUGCCCGCGUGCGCCGUGAGCGCCGUGAGGCCAAAAUCAAGGAAGGAGGCUCAGCGCGCCUGGACAAAAUUACCAGUCUGAGCGGACGCACGCCACAAGCAGAGCGUGAAGAAGCAUCCCCAUCCCCCCAACCCGCAAUCUCCGCAUCUCCCUCCCCAGCACCGCAAUCCCAGCUCCGCGCAUCGCCAUCCCCUCAACCAGACAUGCAGUCCCCGGAAGCUAUCCGUGCCCAGCAGGAAGCCUUCUUCUCGAUGCUCCGCCAACACGCUCCCGACCAGAACCAAGGACUGCACCCAGACCCCCAAGCACCGAAUUCCUUGCAAGCACAGCAGGAAAUGUUCCGCGCAAUGCUUCGACAAGGCGCACCUGAACAAGGCGCAGGCUCGGGACAAAGAACAGGCCCGGAUGACGAAGACCCCACCAUCAAGCUCUUGAACUCUCUCAUGGGCGCGAUUCCAGGUGGUGAUCCUAGUGCUGCUGGAGCUGGAGCACCACCAGGAGCAGGUGCCUCGGGUCUCGGUUCAUCACUUCCCGCCAUCGCAACCAUGCUCGGCGUGCCACCUUUCCUUGCUAAUAUGCUUGGUGGAGCGGCGCCAACGGAGGCGGAGCAGAAGCGCGAGAAGGUGUGGAAGACUCUGCAUACUAUCUUUGCACUGGCGGUUGCUGGGUAUUUGCUAUUUAUUAUUGGGUCCUCAGUUGCUUUGUUUGGUACUUCACCGCCACCACCUGCAACGGCUCAGAGUCCCUAUGCUAUCUUCGUUACUGGGGAGUUGCUUUUGACUGGUGGGAAGGUUUUGUUCGGUGGGAAGUCUGGGAUGGGGAUGGCAGUACAAUUGUUCAAGGAUGUGGUUAGAGAUGGUAGUAUUGUCCUUUUCAUGUUGGGCAUGGGGACUUGGUAUCAUCGUGAAUGGCAAGGAGUGGAGCACUAG